AUGGAUCGUCACCCUUAUAGACCUGGCCACAUUCAUCUGAUAGUGCUCAAAGAAGGCUACGAGCCUAUCACUACGCAGAUCUUCGACGCAAAGAGCGACUACCUUGAUAAUGACUCGGUUUUCGCUGUGAAGGACAGUCUCACAGUGGAAUUCCAAGCCCGGAAGAACGAUCCAGAGGCCAAGCUUGAGAUCCAGUACGAUGUGCGCAUGGCACCUUCUGAUCCGACGAAGAAGAAAGCCUCAUUGUGA